AUGGUCGGCUGGUACGCUUUAGGAGUCGCGCUUUUUGCUGCGAUCGGUACUUUUCUCUUUGGUUUCGAUACUGGGAUCGCCACCACCACGAUUGCCCAUGAAAGCUGGAUUGAGUACAUGAAGCACCCCUCAGAGGGCCUUACCGGCGCUGUCGUCGCUGUGUACAUCGCUGGUGAAGCUGUCGGAGCCCUCAUUCAGACCGCCGUUGCCGAUAAACUAGGUCGUCUUCGCUUCAUGGAGUUGAUGUGUGUGAUCGUCACAAUAGGAACGACAAUUCAGACAGCGUCCGUCAAUAUCGGGAUGUUCCUCGCUGGGCGUGCGUUGGCUGGGGUCGCUGUUGGUGGCAUGGUCGGUACCGUUCCCAUUUAUCUAAGCGAGAUUUCAGACCCUCGGUAUCGCGGUCUAAUCGGAGGAAUCUCGGGUUGUGGAAUCGCAUUCGGCACCAUGGCUUCGAACUGGGUUGGAUAUGCCUGCAGCUGGGCUCCGUAUGGGGCGGUGCAGUGGCGUCUUCCUCUGGCUAUCCAGAUACCCUGGGGCAUCAUCAUGUUCUGCGGAUUGGUCACCUUCAUGCCAAACUCACCGCGCCACCUCGUUCGAGCGGGCAAGGUGGAAGCCGCACGCAACGAGUUCAGCCGGAUCCGCCGAGACCUCAAUUCGCAUGAGCUGCGCCAGGAGUUUGCGCAAAUGCUGGCCCAAAUUGAGUACGAGAAGGAACGAGAGAUUACCUCCUACAAAGAGAUCUUCAAAUUAUUCAGACACCGUGCGAUGGUGUCAAUCGCUGUGCAAACCAUGACCAGUCUUACUGGAGUCAACGUGAUUCAGUACUAUCAAACAAUCCUCUACAAGUCCCUCGGCAUUGACGCCCACACCAUUCUUGCCCUAGCAGCAGUCUACGGUACUGUGGCAUUCGUCACAAAUGCGCUCACCACGAAGUAUCUAACCGAUCAAUGGGGUCGCCGAAAGAUGAUUCUCACCGGUUUGGGCGGCAUCAUCCUUGUCGAGAUCUACGCCGCCGUCAUGCAGCGAGAAUUCCAGAACACAGAUAACCGAGUCGGCAAAGGGUUCGCCAUUCUCGGAAUCUAUCUCUUCGUGGUGAUCUACUACGGCAUGCUCAACAGCACAACCUGGCUCUACGGCGCCGAAGUCCUCCCCAUUGCCCUCCGCAGCAAAAUCAUGGGAUUAGCCGCAGCCUCGCACUUCAUCGUCAACGUCGCCAUCACCGAAGCCGGCCCCAGCGCAUUCGCCAACAUCCACGAAAACUACUACUACGUCUUUGUUGGCUGCACGCUGUUCUUCCUCGUCGUGGCUUAUUUCUACUUCCCUGAAACAAAGAUGAAGACACUUGAAGAAAUCGCCGCCUCUUUCGGUGAUAGGGUUAUCGAUGCGGAGGAUGUGGAUCCCGAUGCAAAGCCGGGAACCAGGGUUGUCCAUGAGGAGGAAAGUGAGAUUCAUUAG